AUGGUAAGCAAUCCAGAACCUGAAGACCAGAUUAUUCUGACGUCUGCUAUGAUGGCAGAAGAGGCUCGACUAGAAGAUGAAGGGGAGAAAAAAGAAAGGGAGAUAAUGGAGAAACAUGAACAGGAAAUGACUCAAGAUGAACAGGCAGAGAAGUACCGUAAAUUACAAUAUCUACUGACUAAAAGUAACAUGUAUACCGAAUACCUCAUAGAUAGAAUGAAACAACAAAAAGAAUCGAAGAAAGCUCGUGAAGAAAAGCGUUUAAAAAGAUUGGGUAACAAAAAAGCACAAGAAGAAAAACAGAAAGAUGAAAAGAAACAGAAAGGAAAGAAGUCAAGGCUGGAGGAAAUGACUGAAAUUGCAGCAGAAAGUUCACCAUUGUCAUCUCCAAAAUCUGUUAAAUCUCAAGUUUUAUCUCAAUCAUCUCAGAAAAAUAUCAAAUCAUCAUCUCAAACUCUUGACACACCUAAAUCAUCAUCAUCAGUAAAACUCAGGAACUCUCCACGCAUAUCCAAUGCUCAAGCAGACGAUAAAGAAGAUGAAAAGCGUAUUAUUAAUGGAGAAGAAGUAUUAGAUAAUCAACCUGUAUUGUUUACUGGUGGUGUUUUACGUCAAUAUCAAAUAGAUGGUUUCAACUGGCUAGAGAUGUUAUAUGAGAAUGGUAUUAAUGGUAUACUUGCUGAUGAGAUGGGUCUGGGUAAAACUGUUCAGUGUGUAGCUAUUAUUGGUCAUUUAGUUAAUAUGGGUAUUGUUGGUCCAUUCUUAGUAGUUGGUCCACUGUCAACAUUACCAAACUGGUUUUCUGAGUUCAAAAGAUUUACACCAAAGGUACCAGUAAUCCUGUACCAUGGUACUAAAGAAGAGAGAGCUGGUAUGAGAUCUAAGAUACGUAAGAAAGUUAUUAUAAGAGAGGGUGUAGCUGUCAGACCUGUGGUGAUAACAUCCUAUGAAAUAUCUAUGAUAGAUAAAGGUUUCAUGUCAAAACAAGAAUGGAAAUAUUUGAUAGUAGAUGAAGGACAUAGAAUUAAAAACAGUCAAUGUAGACUAAUCAAAGAAUUACGAACCUAUGACUCUACACAUAGAUUAUUACUAACUGGUACACCACUACAGAAUAAUCUAGCAGAGUUAUGGUCCUUGUUAAACUUCUUACUACCAGAAAUAUUUGAUGAUCUUGGUAGUUUUGAAUCCUGGUUUGAUAUACAGAAUAUCAGUGAUGAUGCUGCCAAUGAGAAAAUUAUAGCAGAAGAAAAAGAGAAUAAUAUCUUAUCUAUGUUACAUCAGAUUUUGAGACCAUUUAUGUUACGUCGACUGAAAACUGAUGUUGAUUUAUUAAUACCUCCAAAAAAAGAAAUCCUAGUUUAUGCACCAAUGACAGCAGAACAACAAGAAAUGUACAGAUAUACAGUCGAUAAAACAAUUUUACAGAAAAUAGAGGAGAAAAAUAAAGAAGUGAUAGAAUAUAAUGAGGCUGGAAGACCUAAGAGAAAAUCAGCUGGUAAAGUGAAUUAUGGGCUGAUGUUAGAGAAUCAGAUAGAGAGUGAUUUAUUGGAUGGUAACAAAAGUAGAAAACAAGCUAAAGCUGAAGAGAAUGAUGAAGAAGAAUUAGAAGCCUGGGCUAAAAAAUCACAAGUAACAGUGAGACUACAGAAUAUUAUGAUGCAGUUAAGAAAAUGUUGUAAUCAUCCGUAUCUAUUAGAACAUCCUAUAGAUCAGGAGACUGGAGAUUUAAAACUAGAUGAAUGUAUUAUUAAUAAAUCAGGUAAAAUGAUGGUACUAGAUAAAAUGUUAGCUGAAUUAAAGAAGAGAGGCCAUAAGGUGUUAGUAUUUAGUCAGAUGACUAAGAUGAUGGAUUUACUAGAAGAUUUCUGUAUGAUAAGAGACUAUAAUUACUGUAGAUUAGAUGGUAAUUCUAAAAUGCAGGAAAGAAAAGAACAGAUGGAAUCGUUCAAUGAUCCUGAUGGUGAUAUGUUUGUAUUUUUAUUAAGUACUAGAGCUGGUGGUUUAGGUAUCAAUUUAACUGGUGCUGAUACUUGUAUUAUCUAUGACAGUGAUUGGAAUCCUCAAUGUGAUCUACAAGCUCAAGAUAGAUGUCAUAGAAUAGGACAGACUAGGCCAGUAGUAGUCUACAGAUUUAUAACUGUCAAUACCAUAGAUCAGAAAAUAGUAGAACGAGCAGCUGCCAAACGAAAACUGGAAAAAAUGGUUAUACAUAAAGGAAAAUUUAAGAAAGGUAUAACAGAAGAGUCAACAGUAGAAAUGAAACCAAUGAGUGCAGAAGAACUAUUAUCAUUAUUAGAGUCUAAGGAUCAUUGUUCUAUUAUGAGUGGUAAUGAAGGAUCAUCUAUAGACCAAGAGGAUCUAGAAAAGUUACUAGAUAGGUCUGACCUUUAUGAAAAGUGGCAACAGCAAAGGGAAGCUGCAGAAGGUCAGUAG